ACCGGGUUGUCCUCCAUGGAGGAGGAAGAGGAAGAGGAAGAGGGGGAAUCCCGCUGCGAUGCAUGGAGGCUGCAUGGAAACGCUCCCCGGGUCUCCGGAGCGCGUGAGGCGGAUCCCGCCGACCGACGCAGGCCGAGUCGGGGCGGAGGUGGAGGGGGGGUCCGUCGGCUGAUCCGCAGCUCCUCCUGCAGCCUCAGCUCGGAGUCCACGGAGCGGAGGCUUUUUAUCGUAUUAUUACCCGGGAGGCUGCACUGCGUCGCACCGGUGGCGGGUUGCACCGUGUGAGCUGUCGGUUGGGCAUUUAUGCAAUUUUGAUCUCGACUUUUCAUCUUUUUGUCUUCUUUCUGUGUUACCAUGAGCACGGAGGAGGGAGAGGCGGGUCCAGCGUGUGGGGAGGCGAUGGGAGGCGCCGCCGCCGCCGGGGACAAAAGCGAACCGCACCGCUCCGCAGCACGCCGUCCCCCCGACGACGCGGAGCCGGGCGAGGAGGGAGAGGGCUCCGGGGGGAGCUCCGGGGACGACGCCCGGAACUUGUUCCGCGAGGACGGGGCGGUCGGGGACGGGUCGGGGUGCAAGGAGCCGGCGAUGCACUCCAACUGCAGCAGCAGCGAGACCUGCAUCCCCACCCCCAGCUGCCGGAUCUGCUUCCAGGGCGCAGAGCAGGGCGCCCUGCUGAACCCGUGCCGGUGCGACGGCUCGGUGCGGUACACCCACCAGCACUGCCUGCUGAAGUGGAUCAGCGAGCGCGGCUGCUGGAGCUGCGAGCUCUGCUGCUACCGCUUCCACGUCAUCGCUAUCGACACGAAGACGCCGUGGCAGUGGCAGUCCAUCACCAUCACCCUGGUGGAGAAGGUGCAGAUCAUCGCGGUGUUCCUGGGCUCUCUCUUCCUGGUGGCCAGCAUCUCCUGGCUGCUGUGGUCAGCCCUCAGCCCGCAGGCCAUCUGGCAGCGCCGCGACGUCCUCUUCCAGAUCUGCUACGGCAUGUACGGCUUCAUGGACCUGGUGUGCGUAGGUCUGAUCGUCCACGAGGGGCCGGCCGUGUACAACGUCUUCCUGCGCUGGCGAGCCGUCAACCUCCACUGGGAUGUUCAGAGCUACGAUAAAGCCAAGGACCUGGAGGAGACGAGCAUCGGCCAUUCCUCGCAGGUGGCCCCCAGGACGCUUUGGUUGCCCCUGGCGACCUUCGGGCCCGACGGCCCCUCGCGGCCCCCCACCCAGCUGGCGCCGCAGCCGUGGACCAGCCUCUGGUUGGCCACUCUUUGCCCCGGACUGGUGCCCCGAAACGACCUCGGCCAGGACGGCAACUCGGGAGAGGUCGUCGUCCGCGUGACGUCGGUGUGACACCGGGCGAUAUCCAUGCUGCAAAGCUUUUGGUGGUGGCUAAAAUCUGGGUUUUCUUUCUGGGCAGCGUAUAAUAUCUCACAACAAGCAGAUUUUUGUUUCAAAAGUUUUUUUCGAAUGAGUUUGAUUUGUUUGUCUGCUCUGGGGCUGGUCCCCCAAAAACAAUUGUAACAGGUAAAUGAACUCACAUGUGGUGUUUUUAUCUUUGUUUUAUUAUUAUAUUAUAUUUAUUAUAUUACAUAUAUAUAUACAUAUAUAUAUGUGUAUAUAUAUAUAUAUGUGUAUAUGUAUGUGUGUGUAUAUAUAUGUGUAUGUAUAUAUAUGUGUGUAUAUAUAUAUGUGUAUAUAUUUAAAAAAUUAAAAAGGGGUAUCAAACUCUGCAGAUUUCUCUGUGACGAAGAUGUUUUAGUGAGGAAGGUUUAACGGAUAGAGACUGACUGAUGAAUGCUCUAAACAUGAACUACUUUGUGGUGUUUCAGAUGGAAAACAGACUCAGUUCUAGUCUCAUUAGUUAUAUAUUUUAUACAUCAGAUUUGCAUUAAACCCUGAAAUGAAGACAAGAAGAAAAUACUUUGUUAAUGUUUGUUUAUUCAUCAUGUAAACAUUCAGUUUGUUCUCACAUCCCGUCAGUAAAGUUUGUGAAAUGA